CUGGUAUUAUCACACCUGUCCGCCAGGUGGUGUUAGAAGUCCCCCGUGUCUCAACUCUUUGAUCCUCUACCGGGGUAGAAAACUUUCAAAAUGGCAUCGAGUGUAACGCAGGUGUCUGCAUACUCGGCGACAAGUUCCUUUUACCCGAGUACCGUCGGAGAAGGUUCCCACAUCCACAAAGAAACUUUCGAGGACAGGAUCAAGCAAUGGCGACAAUGGCUGGCGGGGUCGGAUAUCGAUGGACGACUUUUUAUUAUGGGUCGCGCAGUGCGUGACUGGGUGUUUCUCAUAAUUGGAUACACAAUAUUCUACGCUUCUCUUAUUGUUAUGGGAGUUGCAUUCAUGGCUGUAUUCUACUGGGUAAUUGACUGGAACUACCCACGAGUUCAGCUUCCAAACUCCAUUCUGCAAACUCCUGGGCUAAGCUUCAGGCCUCAGCCCAACAUUGGAAGCACACUGGUCUAUUUGUUGAAGGGAGAUGGCGCCACCUAUAUCCAUCAUCUUGAUCACAUUGAUGCAUAUUUGAGAUACUAUGAAAACGAGAAACAGCAGGGUGAAAACUAUAUCGACUGCAGUGAGAUACGAGGUAGAAGAACAAAGGAUUUCAACAAAGUCUGCCGUUUUGAUAUUAUUGACCUGGGACCUAACUGCGUCAAACAACAGAAUUAUGGGUUUGAUGAUGGCUUGCCGUGCGUUUUGGUUAAGAUUAACAAGGUAUUCGGGUGGAUGCCAGAGGAAUACACAAAUGAAACAGUUCCAGAGGCUAUUCAGGAUUUGUGGAAUCAGUGGUGGAUAACUAUAACUUGUGAAGGAGAGACUGCGACGGACAAAGAAAAUGUAGGGGAGAUUGUCUAUUUCCCAUCCAAUGGUUUCCAUUUCAAGUACUUUCCAUUCCGCAACCAGCAAGGCUACAGGUCACCGCUGGUUUUUGUUCGCUUCAAUGGACCCCAUCCAGGCAUCCUUCUCAUGAUUCAGUGCAAGGUCUGGGCACACAACAUAGCUCACGACCUUCAUGAGCAAACAGGCGUGCUUCAUUUUGAACUGUUGGUUGACUGAGUGGUGAUUGCCUAACACUUGUUGAUCCACCUGUUUCUGGAUCAGACUUUCAUACAACUGAGAGUUAAAUAUUAGUGCACUUAGAGUUCUUAAAAAGAUUUGUACAGGAUAAUAGUCACCCCAGCAGACAUACUGGCUAGCAAUUAUAUGGUGCGAAGCCAGUCAGGACUUUACUGCAAGCAUUCCAUUACAGGGAAGGAUAUUUUUAGAGAUGAAUAAUGUGGAGUUGAAAGUUGACAGAGACCAUAAGGUUGAAAAAGGAAGGUAAGAUCUUCAGCAGCUCUUGUUGGUUCAUGAAGAUGCCUUUAUUUGUAUAUGUGCUCCUUGAAAUAAUUUUUUUCAACAGUUUCAAUCUCUUUACAUUUUAAAAUGUCAGUUUUUCAUUAAACUCUAACAUAUAUUAAUACUUUCUUUUUUAACUGAAGCAGAGCGGAUAAAGGAAACAUGAGUAUACAAAUGAAUAUUUUUAAUUAAACCUGGCUACAACAUGUGUACACUCUCUCUGACUUGCUCCUAUGUGCACACGUGCACCCCUACAGUUGCCACGAUAUAGUCUUAGUUGCUGGCACGGUGUUAAACACAUACAAACAAGCACCCACAGAUAUGAAGCUGCUGCAUGAGAAUCAAGUUUAAGUAUGUUUGUGUGUUAUUCUUAGUAUACAUUAACACAAUACUAUUGACAAGGAGGAUAUAUGUAUCCAUAUCACGUCUUUGAUAAAAGUAGAUAAAUGAAUGGGUGUGCUUGGUAUGGACUGCAGUUUGACUCAGUGUAUGCAUCAUCCACUUAGUUCUGUCUUGAAUUAAAGCUAAAUCUGGUCUCUGCCAAGACUAGCAUCACUAAAGAGAAAUAUAAAUCUAGCAAAAUAUUCUAGGUCAUAAUAUUGCCCAUUCAUAUGAUACUUAUGCUGCAUUGUGUGUUAUAAAUAAUAGUUACUUUUCUGUAACUUUUUGUUUCAUACUCUUCAUUGGAUUGAUAUUUCAGACAUAACAUUCUUGACAGCGUGUUUUCAAAUAAUCUUGUACAGGACCAAAAGGAUGAUGUUAUACAAAAUAAAGUGCUCUAUUUUCUACAAUGUAUACGUUAUAAUGUACAUAAGAAAUAAAACUUUUAUACAAGAAA